ACAGUGCGCGGCGCGUGUAUUUUGAGAUGGAUUUGGGAAUUACAAAAACUUUUGCGCCGUAAAAACUGCUUAGUAAAAUCAAAACAGAAACAAACGCCAGGGGAUACUUCAUUUGAAACCAACUUCUUUGUAAAAUAGUGGACUCUGGAUAGUUUUCAAUGGGCGUUUACCACUUUGUCACGGUGCUUUAUUCCCAACAGAGCUUGUUCGACAAAGAUAUGAGGGAGGAACACGGAGUGGAUUAGACUGGUCUUCCAUUGAACGAGUCGGGAUUUGAAUUUAUUCCAGUUUUUUGUCGGAUAUCACCUCAAUGUGGGCUGCAGACAACCGUCGCCUUUUUUGCGAAGUUAAAUGAUGGCGACACAUCGGAUGGGCGAGGAUGGAGCGGAGCAGGUCGACCCCAUGGCGAGCCUGUUCCAGCUGGAUGAGGAGUCCUUCUCCUGGCCGGGCCCCAAAACACUGCGUCUCCGACGCACCGCUCAGGGCUUCGGCUUCACCCUGCGCCACUUCAUCGUGUACCCGCCCGAGUCUGCCGUGCACUCCUCCCUCCAGGGUGAAGAGCUCGCAAAUAGAGGGAGACCGCGCAACAGGCUGGAGCCAAUGGACACAAUCUUUGUGAAGCAAGUGAAAGAAGGAGGACCAGCACAUGGAGCCGGUCUCUGCACAGGGGACCGUAUAGUCAAAGUGAAUGGAGAGAGCAUCAUUGGCAAGACGUACACACAGGUGAUAGCCUUGAUACAGAACAGCGAAACAUUCCUGGAACUGUGUGUGAUGCCAAAGGAUGAGGACAUUCUGCAGCUGGCCUACUCCCAGGAUGCCUACCUUAAAGGUCACGACCCCUACAGCGGAAACGCGCGUCACAUCCCUCAGCCGCCCCCCGUAUGCUACCCCCGUGUAGACUCUAAGCCCCCCUCAGGGAUGGCCCAGGCUGCAGAGAGCUCAUCCUCGGGGGGGCUGCCGCCGGAGAUGGGCUACCGCGUGGAGAUCCCCGUGCCGCCCUCCCCUCCCCCGCCGCUGCCCAUGCCCAAGGCGCAGACGGCCGUGUGCGUGUGCAGCGAAACCGGCGUGCGGACGGUGGUGGUGCCGCCCGACGGGCACCUGGGUCACCCGGGCCACCGGUCCGACUACGCCAUGCUGGGCCCCGAGCCGAUGCUGAUCCGCCCCCGACCCAACACCGCGUCCGGCGGGCGACCCCCCUACCCCCACCCGCGCAAGGCGGACCUCUACCCGGGCUACCACGGCGACCCGUACGGCAUGCAGCCGGUCCACUUCCACCCGGCGGCGGCGGCCGGCGCGCACCAGAACAUCGACUGGCGCUCGUACCAGACCUACCGGGAGUACAUCGACAACAAGGGGCUGCACGCCUACAGCCGCACCAUCCAGGAGCGCCUGGACAGCAUGCGCAGCACCUCGCCGCAGAGCGUCCACCUCAUGGCGCCGUCGUGCGGCCCGCCGCCCCCCGGCUGGGACCCGCGCCUGCGGCGCCGGAGCACGUCGCACGAGCGCUCGUACGGCGGACCUCCCAUGAGGCCCCCGCCGCGCAGCGCCUCCCAGGACCGCAUGGGCGCCGCCGAGCGCGAGCGCGCCCGGCACCACCACCCCCCCCAGCCCGACUGGCCGCCCCGCAGCGUGUCCCAGGACGGGCUCGUGCUCAAGGCCCGCACGCGCUCCACGGACUACGUGGAGCACAUGGACCUGGUCCAGCCCCCCUGGCUGGGCGAGCGCCGGGUGUACGUGCGGCCCGAGCUCGUCCCGCAGCAGCAGCAGCAGCAGCAGCAGCAGCAGCGUCCCAGCAGACAGCAGCUGCCGCCUCGGGCCGUCCUGCACCGGGGCCCCCCCGGCUACGGCCCCAACAGCAGCGGGCGCGGCAGAGCCCAGAUCGGCUCCCGGACCGACAUUCCCCCGCCCGGCAUCCCCGCGGAGAGGCCCUCGCGCCUGGUCAAGAACCUGACCCCUGAGCCCGGUCCCAAAGACCAAAGAAUGGUGGGCAACCACCUGUCGCACCCUCCACACCAUCUCCAGCAGCAGCAGCAGCAGCAGCAGCGUGUCCGGCCAGAGACACUGCAAUCGCCAGAGACGGGCCGCGAGAGAGACGUCGGUGGGGUGCUGCGCUCCUCCUCCUGCUCCUCAGCCCUCCCCUCACAGAGACCACAGCACCUGGGAGGCGCGGCAGCAGCAUCAUCAUCAUCAGCAUCAUCAGCGGCCGCCCUGAGGCCACACCUCCAGGAGCAGCCGAGUCCAGCCAAUGGGCGCCGGCCGGCGGACAGCGUGGUACUGCGCGAGAAGCCGCCCGCGGGGAAGAACGGACCCCAGCCGCUGAGGCACCCGUCCUACAUCCAGGCGGUGAACGAGGCGGAGGGCGGUGCCGCUGCCCGCGAGCAGACCGGGGCGGGCGCCGCUGGAGUGGCAGGCGUGUGCUGGCUGCCCAACGACGCCCGGCGCGAGGUGCAGAUGCGGCGGAUCAACGAGUCCUUUUCCAGCACACUGGAUGAGUCGCUCGACUCCAUUCCUUUCAUUGAUGAGCCUGCGAGCCCUAGUGUUGACCGUGACGCUGCGCACAUUCCAGCCUCUAUUGUGAUCGCCGGCCCUUCAGCCACGACUGCCGCCACGCCCAGCCCUAGCACCCCAUCCCCUCUCAUUCGCCGACAGCUGUCACAUGACCAAGAGUCGCUCCAAAAUGCCAUCCUGGAAUCCGAGAACGGGACGAAGACCGAGCGGUCCAAGUCCUAUGACGAAGGCCUGGACAACUACAGAGGGGAGGGCAGAGGACGAUCCUCCUCUAAACACAAGCCCGGUCUGAAGGUGUUCCGGAAGGCUGUGGAUGGACAGAAGUCAUCUGAUGACUCGGGCUCAAGGAGGGACUCGUCCGCUGAUGUCUUCGGUGACUCCUCAAAGGAGGGAUGGCUGAAGCUCAACACGGACAAAAACAAGCGUGUGGGAGGCGCAAUCCGGGGGUGGAAACAGAUGUAUUCGGUACUGCGAGGCCACUCCCUCUACCUCUACAGGGACAAGAAGGAGUGCCUGGCCCACGCCCACUCACAGCUCGACGAGGUGCCUCAGCCAAUCAACAUCACGGGCUGCCUGGUUGACAUCUCCUACAGCGAAACCAAACGCAAGAACGUGCUGCGGCUGACCACCUCGGACUUUUCCGAGUACCUGUUCCAGGGGGAGAGCCGGGAAGACAUGCUGUCCUGGAUUGACGUCAUCCGAACGGACAACAACAAGGAUGAGAACGCUAAAGAGACGAGCGAAAUCCUGAUCCACUCCAAGAUCCAAAAGGCCAAAAUGAGUGUUCCAAGCAAGAGCAAGAGCCAAAGUCCCCACUCCCCCAAAUACGACGACAGGAAGUGCAAUAAAGAUGACGCGAGCCCCCCACGGGACAGGGGUGUGUGGCGAAUCCCUGGAUGGAGGAAGCCUCCCGAAAAGAAACCCACGGCUGGGGUCACCUUUGGGGUGCGCCUGGACAACUGCCCCCCUGCAGUGAACAAUAGAUUUGUGCCGCUGAUUGUGGAGGUGUGCUGUAAGCUGGUGGAGGAGCGCGGGCUGGAGUACACGGGCAUCUACCGCGUCCCCGGCAACAACGCCGCCAUCUCCAGCAUGCAGGAGGAGCUGGACGCCAAGGGCAUGGGCGACAUCAACAUCGAGGAGGACAAAUGGCGGGACCUCAAUGUUAUCAGCAGCCUUCUGAAGUCCUUCUUUAGGAAGCUGCCAGAACCAUUGUUUACAAAUGAUAGAUAUGGAGAUUUUAUCGAUGCCAACCGGACGGCCGAUGCUGUUGAGAGGCUGAAAGUGCUGAAGAGGCUGAUUCACGAGUUGCCAGACCAUCACUUCGAAACGCUCAAGUACCUCUCGGGGCAUCUGAAGAAAGUGUCUGAGAACUGCGAGCAGAAUAAGAUGGAGCCACGGAACUUGGCCAUUGUUUUUGGCCCCACUCUGGUACGGACAUCAGAUGACAACAUGACACACAUGGUCACUCACAUGCCAGAUCACUACAAGAUAGUGGAGACCCUCAUCCAACACUACGACUGGUUCUUCACUGAAGAUGGGGAGGAAGAGCCAAUAGCGAUGGUGGAGCAGGACGGCACGGUGCAGUCGCAGCCCGUCCCCAACAUCGACCACCUGCUGCCCAACAUCGGCCGCACCGCCUUCUCUCCAGGAGACGUCUCAGACUCGGCCAGUGAUUCUGCCAAAUCCAAGGGCUCGUGGGGUUCUGGGAAGGACCAGUACAGCCGGGAGCUGCUGCGCUCCUCCAUCUUCGCCAGCCGCAAGCGCAAGAAGCCCAAAGACAAGCCGCAGCCCAGCAGCUCGGACGACGACCUCGACGCGCUCUUCCCCAAGAAGGAGCCCCAGGAGCAGAGCGCCCAGCCGGCCUGGCCGCAGCAGCCCGAGGAGCGCCCGGGGGACGCGAAGGACCAGGAGGAGGAUGAGGGUCCCCGCGAGGUCGGGGGAGGGGACGCCCGGCGGGGGGAGAACGGCGAGCGCGUGAGCGGCGGCGGGGGCGUCGCGGUCAUCGAGGAGCCGCCGGCCAGCCGACUGGAGAAGAGCCCCGGCACGCCCCCGCUCGCGGAGGCCGACGCGCCCGCCCAGCCGCCCGAGGCGUACCCGUCGUGCCCGUCGCCCAAGCCCGACUCGUCGCCCACCCUGAGCUACCGCAUGGAGGCGGUGCGGCAGUGCUCGCUGUCGGACCCGGUGUCGUCGGCCUGCGACGAGGGCUGCACGUCGGACCUGGGCACGCUCAACAGCACCAGCUCGCAGGCCUCCGUCGGCCGGCCGGUGCGCCAGCGCGGCAGGAUCCCCGGCGGCUGGACCGAGGGGCUCGGGGCGGGCAUGGCGGCCGAGGUGUGCUCCAUCACCUCCGACUACUCCACCACCUCCUCCAUGACCUUCAUGACGGCGGGCGGCGGCGACGGCGGCAGCUCCAUCACCAGCCCCGAGCUGCGGGCGGGCGCCGAGAGCCGCGGCACCACCGCCACGCUGGACGCCGACGACGCCGACGACGAGCGCAGCGAGCUGGUCAGCGAGGGCCGGCCCAUGGAGACGGACAGCGAGAGCGACCUGUCGGUGUUCGCCGUGAGCCGGGAGGAGGCGGGGCCGUGCGCGGCGGCGGCGGCGGGCCGCGUUCGGUCGGCGUCCGAGGCGCCGGAGAUGGCCAACGCCUGCGGGAGCAGCCUGGCCGCCUCGCAGCGCCUCAUCGCCGGCGACACGCUCGCCCGCAAGAAGAGCGGCCGGCAGAAGACGGACAGCGAGUCGUCGGCGUCGGAGAGCGGCCGCGGCGAGCGGGAGGCCGGGCGGCUCACGCGGGCGCUCAGCACGGUCAAGGGCCGCUCGUCCACCGGCAGCCUGAACUCCUCGUCCCCGCGCUGCAGCGGCGGAGAGCAGCCUGUGGUCAGCGGCGGCGGCGGUGGACCUCCCGGAGUGGCCGCCCCCCCCGCCGACAACCCGGCCUGGCGGAUCAAGAUCACCGACCGCCUCAAGUUCCGGCUGCGCUCGUCGGCCGACGACAUGUUCGGCGUGGGCCGCUCGCCGGAGACGCGCGCCAAGCGCAAGGGCAACAUCCGCCGGCGCCACACCAUGGGCGGCCAGCGGGACUUCGCCGAGCUGACGGUGCUGGGCGAGCCGUCGCCGCUGUCGGCCGUGGACCGGCUCAAGCCCAAGUGCAGCUCGCAGGACUUCUCCAUCCGCGACUGGAUCGUCCGCGAGCGCCACCACCGCGUCAGCAACCCCGAGGUCAGCCUGCUGGGCGCCGCCUCGUCCUCGUCCUCCUCGCAGACGCUCCAGGGCCUGGCGCACGACUGCCCGGGGGCCGACGGCGGCGGGCUGCCCAACGGGGACGGCCCCACGGGCCAGGGCAAGAGCCUCAGCCUGGGCGCCGACGCACACCCCCAGAAACUGUCUAACUCGCAAGUGGUCCGCUCGCGUUUCUAUCAGUACCUGUGAGAGUAUGCAUGUGCUUGUGUUCGUUCGUGUGUGUGUCUGUGUGUGUGUGUGUGUGUGUGCGCAUACGCGUAUCUGUGAAUGGGAUGUCGGUGUGGUAUUUGUCAGGAGAUGUGAUGGGUGAGUGAGUUUUGACGGUUUUAAAAAAACCUUAUCUAAUGAAUUGCUCUGUGUGUGUGUGUUUGCGUGCGUGUCGCAUGUGAAACGAAUUCACACCGCGAAGGUGUCUCUGUGUUCGUGGUGUACGUCUGUGGACACUAACGGCAAAGGGUACUACGUGUCGCCGGGAGCCACACCCCCCGGCACACAACGGGUCCUCGUCAGAAUCGGCGGGACCAAAGGGGGACGGACAGCACAGCAGUGGCCGGUGGUGUGUCCUCCUCAUUCCCCUUUCCUCCCCCAGAACCACUCCUCACGCCACGGGCCCCUCCCCCCCCCCCCCCCCCUCAGAGGGCUCCUCCGACUCUGAUCUGAACCCUUCGAGUGACUGGAAGACUUGAGGUUGCGCUGGGAGAACGUGUGAAGACUGUGAAAGGCAUUGGCAAGAAGAUUGGAGUUUUUUUGUUUGGGGAUGAUGACGGGGGCGAGAGGAUUGUUUUUAAAGAGCUCUUUUAGGGUUAUAAAGAUGACAAAGUAGGUCACACUAUGGAUGGAUUAGGAUGUUCUUUUCUUUUCUUUUCUUUUUUUUUU